UCAACCACGUUAGUCUGUCGCCCUGCCCCCACUAGUGUAAAUUAAUACAGGGCCGUUUUGCGACUACGUCAGACGAAACCACACAGCUCAACCGGGCUAAUAUUAGCUAUGUCGUCUGCUCGGGACACAAUUUACACGCAAGUUGAGUCCAAGCCAACUGUAUUAUGUUUAUUUUCCUCGGAAGACUCGCGUUAGCGCUGUGCUAACCGCUUCCCAUAGCUAGCUAAUGAGAAGCUAACCGUCCGCAAAACUCGGUCCGCUAUUGGCGCAUUCUGCUUCCGGUGGGCGGGACUGCAAAAACGGCACUUCCAACUUUUCUAUUUCUGCUUGUCGCACAAUUGGAGUGGAGGCGAGGGUCGUUUGGCAAUAACACGCUGGAGAAGACACAAGUCCUUCCACCAAGAGCUGGAAGAUGAUGUCACUAGACAAAUCAGAAAAGGUCUCCCUUGGGCGACAACCCCGAGCCCCGAGCAACGGCCAGAGUGCCCUGGCGGUGCCCCCUCAGCGCAUCCCGAGGAAGCGUUACUCUGUGGGCGUCGCUUUCAAACGUCCGGCUAAGCGUCGUCGGCGUGUCCAGAGUGACACUCAAGUGGAGCACCUGCUCCCCACUCACUUCCUCUUAGGCGGAAACAUCUUCGACCCGCUUAACCUCAACUCUUUGUUGGACGAAGACGUCAACAGGGCGACCAAUCAGACGACUCCAAAGUGUUCGCCCCUGCCGUCCCGGAGCAGGGACCCCGUCGACAUCUUGGUUCCCCGAGAUAUCACGGACCCUUUGAACCUGAAGGGAGAGGGAAAACCAGGCGAGGAGUCGGAUGGCGUCCUGUUGUCCCCACUCAAGUCCAGGAGGAGACACAGGAACCAUCACGGUGGCGAUAAGGACGCGGUGACCCGUCCAGUAUUUCUCUCUACAGAUGGACUGACUGUUCCAGCGUUGUCCACAGAGGGCAGCGCUGCAGCGUCUCCUCUCCCCUGCGAACUCAACACGGCCAUCACCUGCCGAGAAGACCUCGCCCUCCCCCCGAUCCUUCCCAGGAGACACUCGCACCCUCCUCCGAGCACCGCGCGCAAAACCGGCGAGCGACGGCAAAGGGGUCGACGGCGCACCACCUCGCUACGGUUGACGCGCGACGUCCCCGACGAGGCUGAGGCGCCCCGCUUCCGCACACCGCGAGCCGAACCGGGAACGGAAAAGUGUCCGCGCAAGCCUCCCCGGGAGAAGGACAAACACCGCUACCAGUACGGCAACUUUUGCCGCUACUACGGCUACCGCGGUUCCUACGGGAACGGUUGGGAAGGCCGCGUCGGGCCCGCGGAGGAUGCGCGCUUCCGCUUGUUGAGGGACGAUUGGUUCCGGGAGAAGAAGGUCCUGGAUGUGGGCUGCGGCGCCGGUCACCUGGCGCUCGCCGUCGCCCGCGCCUUCAACCCCGUGCAUGUUCUUGGGGUGGAGCUUGACGAGCGACUGGUACAUGCCGCCAAGCAGAACAUCCGGCACUUUCUUUCACACGACUUGGCAGAAAAGGAGAGGAGGUGCCGCUCUUCCCCGACUUCAGAGGGAGUGGAAAAGAAGGACGACGUGCGCCUCCUGGCUUUCCCGCUGUCACUACGAGUGAGUCGCGGUCCUCUCGCCGCUCCCCCUCUGGUCCUGGCCCCUCCACCCACGUGCAGGUUUCCUAACAACGUCACCUUCAUCCAGGGGGACUACGUAUCCGACCGAGAACCGUGGCCUGGGCAGGGUCGCUAUGACGUCAUUCUGUGUCUGGGCGUGACCAAGUGGGUACACCUGCACGCCGGAGAUGAAGGCGUGACCCGUCUCUUCAGAAGAGCCUUCCGGAGCUUGUCGCCGGGCGGAUUGUUCAUCCUGGAACCCCAGUCGUGGCGACGCUACGGUCGCAGCAAGAAAGCUUCGGCGACCACGUACCCUCGCUACAAGAGUUUACAAGUGAAACCGGAGCACUUCACCUCCUUCUUGACGGACAACGUCGGCUUCAGUUCUUACAGACGUCUCACGCGUACUGGUGAGAAGCGGCCUAUCUAUCUGUUCCACAAGAACUCGUCCCCUAAGACCACAUGAACUCGCAAUCGCGAACAGGAUAUGAAAGUUCUCUCCUCAAGGACUAUGGAGAGUUUGUCACGUUAGACGGCAUGGCUUCCCUGUUACAUGUCAGAAGAAUUUUCAAAGUCACGCGACUGUCCGUCCGUUUCCGGAAGCCCGCGUCCACACGACGCCAGCGGGGGUGCUGGAGUGCUCUCCUAGAUGGUCUUUGUGUUAGACAUCUGAAGUCAAGGUGACAGGACAUUUAGUUUUCUAUGUCAAAUUUGAAAUUUUCAGCUUCUCACUAUGUGUCUUAUAGGAUUUUUGUAACAAAAUUGUUUUCAUACAAAAGAGUAAAGACCAAAAGUUUGGUUAUUAUUCGUUCAAUGAACGCUUACAAACGUGAAUCAUGUGAAUUACAUUUGACUGUUACAUAUAGAACCCCUAGCAUAAAGUAUGGAAUCACCAGUCAUUCAGACAUUUUAUCAUGUAGAACAAACCCUGAUAAAAAGCUUGAAAAAAAAUAAUGAAUUUGUUUAAAAGUGCAACUCUUUAGCAUUCAGAAACACUAAAAGAAAUGAAUAAAAACCAUUGUGGUGGUCAGUAAAUGUUACUUUAUAGAGCAAGUGCAGGGAAAUAUAUAUGGAAUCUGGAAUCAUGAGAAACAAACAAAGAAAUAAUCAAACCCACAUCUCUCGUAUUUAGUAGUACCACCUCUGGCUUAUAUGACAGCUUGCAGACUCUGAGGCAUGGACUUGAUGAGUAUUCUUCAUCAAUUUGGUGCCAUCUCUCUUUGAUUGCAGUGACCAGAUCAUCCUUGCAUGUCGACCAUUUUUUUCAAUU